CUCUUCUUCUUCCCUUUGUUUUUGAGCAAGCCAUUUGCAGUUUCUUCCAGCUGCUACAAAUUGAAAGAAUCUUUCAACAUGUUCAUCUCUUAAGCUUCAACUUCUCCUUCUAUGCUCUGCUCUUCACACAUUUUAACCAACAUUCUAAUCUAAAAUCUGAGCAGAUAAUAGACAUAAAGAUGACAAAGAUAAGUCCUGAUAUCGAUGAAACAACGCUGAAAGAAUCAAUUGUGGCUGUUUCGGCUGAUGUGAGCUUUGCUUUCGAUCACUUUCCAAAGUAUAAAUUAGGACCCGACAAUCAGAUUUUGGAGGAGCCAAGAGGGGAUGAAAAUGGUCCGUCGCUGAAGGAGGUUGUUGAAAGGGAAACGACACAAUUAUCCGAGCAGCACAAGCGACUCUCAGUUCGUGACAUUGCUAGUAAAUUUGACAAGAACCUUGCUUCUGCUGCGAAAUUGGCUGAUGAGGCCAAGCUUAGAAAGGUUGCUUCUUUGGAGGGGCAUGUUCUAUUGAAGAAACUUAGAGACGCCUUAGAGUCUUUGAGAUGUUGUAUGGAUGGAAGAAACAAGGAAGAUGUAGAAAAAGCUAUCUCUAUGGUUGAGGCAUUGGCAGUUAAAUUGACCCAAAAAGAAGGAGAACUGAUUCAAGAGAAGUUUGAAGUGAAAAAACUGGCCAAUUUCCUCAAGCAGGCUUCUGAAGAUGCUAAAAAGUUGGUAAAUCAAGAAAAAUCUUUUGCUUGUGCUGAAAUUGAAAGUGCUAGGACCGUAGUGCAGCGAUUUGGAGAGGCCCUUGAUGAGCAAGAAAAGAAUCCAGAAAAUUCUCAAAAAACACAGGAGGUUGUGGAGCUAGUAGAGGAAGUUCAAGAGGGUAGGAGAAUUAAAUUGAUGCAUCAGCCAACGAAGGUGAUGGAUAUGGAGCAUGAACUUCGUGCUCUCAGAGCUCAAAUUCGAGAGAAAUCUCUGUUCCAAGCAAAGCUUCAGAAAGAGCUGGCAAUUAAUAAGAUGGCCGAGGAGAACAAAUCCCGUGUUUUUGGUUUUCAUGGUUCUGAAACUCUUGGUUCAUGCUUAAAACUCCAGCCUUGUUCUGAUAAUGCCCCAUUGCUUUCAAAAUCCUUGAUUCAGUGGUAUCGGAUAUCAUCUGAUGGAAAUGGAAGGGAAAUAAUUUCAGGUGCCAACAAAACUAUGUAUGCCCCGGAACCACUUGAUGUUGGUCGAGUUUUGCAGGCCGAGAUUCUCUCAAAUGGCCAAAAAGUCUCUGUGACAACUGCCAAUCCUAUUGAUUCUGCUGCAGGUUUGGGAAGCUACGUAGAGACGCUUUUGCGGAAAUCCAACAGUGAAUUUAAUGUAGUCAUUUCCCAGAUCAAUGGACAAGGUCAUUCUUCACGCUCGACUCACACAUUCAAUAUUGGAAAGAUGAGGAUCAAGCUCUGUAGAGGAUGGAUCACAAAGUCCAGAGAAAAUUAUUCCACGUCAAUGCUGUUAUGUGGAGCUAGAGGUCAGGCAAAUGCUCCGGCCAAAUCAUUGUUUUGGCAACCGAGGAAAGGGCUCUCAUAUGUAUUAACAUUUGAAUCUGAUAAAGAAAGAAAUGCAGCUAUCAUGGUUGCACGGAAGCACGCUCUCGACUGUAAGGUGAUGCUGGGAGGAGCAGAUGAUGAAAUGCACAAGUAAAUGUAUAUUUAUAUAUCUAACUGAUAAGAAGCCAGGGUUUUACUUAAUUGUGUGAGUAAUUUUUUUUUGAAAUGUCUGUAUGGUGUGUUUGGUAAUGAGGGAGAAGAAUAUGAAAAAUUGGGGUUUGACCCUUUAGGUUUCUACUAACGAGGCAGUGUUUUUUAGGUUUGCCUAAUCACCAGUUGUAACAUGUUUUUGUUUUUCUUUUUCAAUUGAUUUGAUCGUUUGAUUCGUGCU